AUGGCAUCUUCUUCCUCUUCAGAUGUUAUAAUUCUUGGCCUCGGCGUUGUCCUAGCUGGCGUUUAUUUAUUCCGCGACACUCUCUUCGCAGCGGCAAAACCGAAGGCUGCCCCCGCAGUCUCCGCCAAGGCCGCUAAUGGAUCAGGUAAUCCUCGGGACUUCAUCGCAAAAAUGAAGGAGGGGAAAAAGCGGGUUGUGAUAUUCUAUGGCUCACAAACGGGUACCGCAGAAGAAUAUGCCAUCCGCCUCGCUAAGGAAGCCAAGUCCAAGUUCGGUCUCGCCUCACUAGUAUGUGAUCCCGAGGAGCACGACUUUGAGAAUCUCGAUCAGCUUCCAGAAGACUGUGCUGCGUUUUUCGUGUUGGCUACAUACGGAGAGGGAGAGCCUACGGAUAAUGCGGUGCAGCUCCUCCAAAACGUCCAAGACGAUUCCUUUGCCUUCUCCAAUGGAGAACGCAAGCUCGAUGGUCUCAAGUAUGUCAUCUUUGGCCUCGGUAACAGAACCUACGAACAUUACAAUGUCAUUGGGCGUAAGGUCGACGCCGCCUUGGCUGAGAUGGGUGCUGUGCGCAUUGGGGAAAGAGGUGAGGGCGAUGACGAUAAAAGUAUGGAAGAAGAUUACUUGGAGUGGAAAGAUGGUAUGUGGGAAGCUUUCGCAACGGCCAUGGGUGUCGAGGAAGGUCAGGGUGGCGACUCGGCCGACUUUGCAGUUUCGGAACUGGAGUCGCAUCCUAUAGAGAAGGUCUACCUCGGUGAAUAUUCUGCUCGUGCCUUGACUAAGACCAAAGGCAUUCACGAUGCCAAGAACCCCUUCGCUGCCCCCAUCAGUGUCGCUCGGGAGCUCUUCGAGCCUCAUGCUGAUCGCAAUUGCGUUCACAUUGAGUUCAAUACUGAAGGAUCUGGCAUAACUUAUCAGCAUGGUGACCAUCUUGGCGUGUGGCCAUUGAACCCCGACGUAGAGGUAGAUCGUCUCCUCUGUGUCCUCGGCCUUUCUCAGAAAAAGGACACCGUUAUUGGCAUUGAAUCACUUGAUCCGGCUCUUGCCAAAGUUCCUUUCCCCGUCCCAACGACAUACGGUACUGUCGUCCGGCAUUAUAUUGAUAUCAGUGCCGUCGCUGGUCGUCAAAUUCUUGGGACUUUGUCCAGGUUUGCACCUACCCCCGAGGCCGAGGCAUUCCUCAAAAAUUUGAACACAAACAAGGAGGAAUACCACAAAGUUGUCGCUAACGGUUGCCUCAAACUGGGUGAGGUUCUUCAAUUGGCCGCUGGUAACGAUAUCACCCUCAUCCCUACCCCGGAAAACACCGCUGCAUGGACAAUACCAUUUGAUAUCAUCGUUUCCGCCACGCCUCGUCUCCAACCUCGGUAUUAUUCCAUCUCAUCCAGCCCUAAGCUCAAUUCCAAUAGCAUCCACGCCACCGUUGUUGUUCUCAAACACGAGAACAUUCCCAGUGAGAUCGUCAAGAAGAAAUGGGUGCAUGGUGUCGGAUCCAACUUCCUUCUUAACCUCAAGCACGCUACCAACGGAGAGGCUGUCCCUCUUAUCAGCGAAAACGGUGAAGAACGUGUAGCUGUUCCUGCAUACCUUGUCGAAGGACCUCGUGGCGCUUACAAGGAGGACACGGUUUACAAGGCUCCCAUACACGUGAGGCGCUCAACGUUUAGACUCCCAACAAACCCAAAGAGCCCAGUUAUCAUGAUCGGUCCUGGAACUGGUGUCGCUCCGUUCCGCGGUUUCGUUCAAGAGCGCAUUGCGUUGGCCCGUCGGUCCAUCGAGAAAAACGGCCCAGACGCCCUGACUGAUUGGGGUCGUAUAUCAUUGUUCUACGGCUGCCGGAAGUCCACCGAAGAUUUCCUUUAUAAGGACGAGUGGCCUCAAUACACUGAAGAGUUGAAGGGCAAAUUUGUUCUCCAUUGCGCUUUCUCUCGUGAAAAGUUCAAGCCGGAUGGAAGCAAGAUUUACGUGCAGGAUCUGAUAUGGCAAGACAGGGAGCACAUCGCAGAUGCCAUCCUCAACGGCAAGGGCUACGUUUAUAUCUGUGGUGAGGCCAAGAACAUGGCCAAACAAGUCGAGGAAGUUCUCGCGAGAAUUCUUGGGGAGGCCAAGGGCGGAUCAGGUGAGGUAGAGGGUGUGGCCGAGUUGAAGCUCUUGAAGGAGCGUUCACGACUCAUGCUGGAUGUGUGGAGCUAAACGGGGAUUUGGGACUUUACACUUAAUGACGUCCAUCCCGGUACAUACAUUUUUUAAAAUAUCCUUAUGCCCUGGACAUCGGUACAGUCCUAUUACUACUAGAUUCAAUGGAUUAGAUUUCUUGAAA